CACCUCUACUGUCACAGCAUAUUGAUCACGCCUUCCCGGUACAAUGCAUUCACCUCUCUUCUUGUUCAUUCCUUAGCUAUCUUUAAUUUCACCCUGUCUUGUUUCUAAGUAUCACGAUCUUGGAAAGCGCCAAGAGUAUGGAGGCCCAUAACCAUGGCGGCCGCCUUGCUUCGACCGUGAAGGCAAAGAGAGAAGUUGAGGGGGAAGAAGAAGACGAUGAGAUGGAGGAGGAGGAAGAAGAAAAUGAAGACGACGAUCAGUGUCGUCAUUUGAGAAAGAAGAAAAUGGAUGUUGGGUUAGGAAAGAAGGUGUCGUCGCCAGGUGGUGUUGCCGGAGGGGUGACGGCGGCGGCGGCGUGCUGUCAGGUGGAGAAGUGCGGCGCAGAUUUAACAUUUGCGAAGACAUACCACAAGAGGCACAAAGUGUGCGAAGUCCAUGCCAAGGCUCCCGCUGUCUUGCUCAAUGGCGUUGACCAGAGGUUCUGCCAGCAAUGCAGCAGAUUCCACGAGGUGUCAGAAUUCGACGAUGCAAAGAGGAGUUGCCGGAGGAGACUGGCCGGACACAACGAGCGAAGGCGGAAGGCGUCGUCGUCGUCGUCGUCGUGUGAGAAUCGCGGCGGUGAGAGCCGGAGACGAGUAGAGGCUCCAUUGAAGCAGGAAAGCAAGCAGUGCAGCCGUGGAGGGAGUCAGCUCAUCAUCUCCGCCGCCGGGACUUCUUCCUACGACAAUUUCCACAUUCAUUGACCUCGGCUCUAUUGCUUACUCUCUUCUGUCAUCCAUCCUUAAUUCAAUUAUAUCAUAAACUUAUGUAAAAUGCGCGCACUUAUAUGAAUGCUACUUUGGAGAUCUUAGAAUAUCUGUAACGUGGUACCGCCCUUCUUCUGAUUGCAAUCUCCGGUCCUGUUCAUCCCAGAAACUACCACUGGGCUACUUAGAGCGUAUGUAGUACGUAGUAAUUAGUUGUGGGAAUAGUACAUAUCCAUAAUCCUAGGAUAAUGGAGAUAUACCACCAACUUCUGUAUGUUUUUCCUUUCCAAGAAUUGAAUAAUAUAAUGCAGAAUGAAGAGC